AUGAAAUUAAAUCGAGUUUUUUUCCGGUUUUCCUUGUUACUACUACUACCACCACCACCACCACCACCACUACCACCACCACCACCACCACCACUCAACCACCCACCCAAUCACCCUCUUCUUAAACGUUUGUUUGAUAAUCAAGCAACAUUUGGAGUCGUUUCCGAGGGAAAAACAAUUCGGAUCAACUGGGAAAUACCAGAUGAGAAAUAUUAUGAGUAUGAUGUUUUGGUGAUCCCGUCCAUCUCUAACUCACUGAUUGAAGAACCGAAUCACGGAUUCCUGAUACCAGCACCAAUUGGACAGAAAAUUAUUACAACCACUACAUGCGGUUGGUUUGAAACUGAAUUGGUGUAUCAGACAUAUUCGCUGUUCCGACAUGCCGUACAUGUGUUACCACAAGAUUUCAAACUGAACGCGAGUGCAGAAUCCUUCGAUGGUGGUAAAAUGCUGCGACUCCAACUCAUUCCAAAUGAUCCUUGUUUAGAACCGUACUAUCAUAUCGAGUUUCGAAAGGAAAAAGAUAUUCUACUGGAAAGAAUUGUUAUGGGACCGGAGGUCACAGUUCAGAACCCGUCGCUUUGUCGUCCUUGUGAGUUGCGCGUCACAACUCCUGAUGAUUCUGAAAAAAAUAGAAUACCAUUGGCGCGCAUUACCGUAUGGUAUGGACAAAAUUUCCAGCUGAUUUUGAAAACAAAGGCCAUCAAAAACGGGGCGGAACUGGAUUUGCAUAUCGCACAAAAAUAUCCAUGUUUUGAACCGAAAUACCGAAUUGAACUGCGAAUUCAAAGAAGAAAAAUAAUGGACAAAAAUGUCACCGGACCGAGUGUAACAAUCAAAGAUACAGUGAUUUGUAAACCCUGUGAUUUAUAUGUGACCAUUCUCACCGGACCGAAGGAUAAACCGAUUCCGACGCAUAAGAAAAAGGUUUGGUUUGGAACAGCAAUGUUCAACGUGAUUGGAUCAACGGGAAGAAUUGACGUGAACUGGGACAUACCUUCGGCCGAAUACGCAAACUAUGAAGUGGUUGUGGUCCGGUCCGGGGAAAGUGGAAACACUAUUCCAAUGGUACCGGAUGAGAAGAACAACCUGGAAUUGGUCGUCACAGAGCCGGUGGGUGGCGGAUCAUUCGUGAAGGUAAACUGUGGAUUGUACGAUGUUAAACUGAACAAUGGCAUGGAUACGGUCACCAGCAAGACUGUGGCGGUUGGAUCGAUAAACAACAAAAUUUUGGUGAGAACCAGUGUGGUCGAUAAUGGGAGAGUAUUGUCAGUGGACUUGAGUGCAAACGAUCCGUGUCUGGGCUCCGCAUUCGUGAUCACUUUGAAAAAGGGGGAGAAAAUUGUGCUGGAGAAACCGAUCACAAGUCGGACGGAGCGUAUCGCGAAUGAUACUUUGGUUUGUGCCUCGUGUAACUUGAUUGUGUCGCUCCCUGACAACAUCCGACUUCCCGUGGAAUCAUCUGACCCGGUGGUUGUUUGGUUUGGGGAGACUGUCUCCAUGGCUUAUUUGACUGUGUUCAUGUGA